AUGAUCACUGACUGUGGAGACCGUAGGAUUGAGUAUCGGAAGUGGUAUAGACCACUAGUGUGGUUCUGGAUCCUGGGUGGUCUUGCCUACUUUGCUGCAGUGCUGAACAUGAUUGGUGACUGGCUGAGGGUGCUGUCUAAAAAGACAAAAGAAGAGGUUGGAGAGAUCAAGGCUCAUGCAGUGGAGUGGAAAGCAAACGUGCGAGCAGAGUUCCGGGAGACACGCCGGCGUAUGAGUGUUGAGGUCCAUGACAAGCUGCAGCGGGCCGCCACAAUCCGAAGCAUGGAGAGACGACAGCUAGGCUUGGACCAGCGCGCUGUGUCCUUGGACAUGCUUUCCCCAGAGCGCCGUGCCAUCUUCAACAGCCUGGACACCAACAGUUAUAAGACCUCCUCCCAGGAGAGCAUUGACACCAAGCUGAACAACCUUCGGAUUCGGGGGGCCGAGCAGUGCGACAGGCGCUCCAACCACCAGACUACGUCAGAGGACAACAUUUUCAACCGCCUGGGCUCCGUCACUAAACUGGCUAAGCGCAACAGGAAUCGAGACCUAAAGAAAAACAUCCCAGAUGAGGCUCGUCGGCCUCACAGCGAGGCCUACGGCUGCAGCACACCCACUUUCGACUGUAGCACACUCACAGCAGAUGAAGGUAAAAGGAAGGACAAUGGAGAGGAUGAAAAUGAAGACAAGGAGUGUAACACUAGCUUGUCUGAUUUUCCACUGUUUGUGGAAGCUUGCAAGCCCCAGAAUGGGUUUAUUCCAGAUCAAUCCAAAGAGAAUGAGAGUGAAAAAAUACUUAAAACAAAAGAGCUGCAUAUUCAGAUGGACCCAUAGACAGUGUGUUGUCCUACAGAAGGAAGUUUUAAAUGCCAC